AUGAUACAUAAUUAGGUAGAUCAUUUUGUGUAACUGUCACAUAAAAGAAGUCAUUUUAUUCAUUUAUUUUGUUCGCAGUUUACAUUUUAUUGUUUUAGUCACAAUUAGUUAGUAAACCUUAACGUUACAAAAAUAUAGCGUCGCGUAGAGAAUUAAAAGUAUUUUCAAAUAUAAAGUGUCCGAAUGUUUGACAGUAAGGAAUAUCAAUUUCGUAAAACUGUUUUGUUUUUAGUUCUUGUUGAUCAGUUAGUUUGGACGUAAUUUGUUUGCUGACAUUUUUACUGUGAUUCAACAAUUUCAACAUGGCUUGCUUUGUACAAGGAAUAACUGCAUACAUUUCCGGUCUGGUGACGGACAUUCACAACACGAAAGACACUGCAAUUUGGUAUAAAAUCCAAGUUGUUGUCAAAGAUGUGUUUUGGCAUGUGGAUCGACGAUACAGCGAUUUCGAGGCUCUGCAUAGAAAACUUGUCGAGACACAAGGCAUUCCAAGAGACAAUGUCGUCCUCCCUCCAAAGAAAUUGAUUGGAAAUAAGGAUCCUGAAUUUGUCGAACAACGUCGAGCGCAAUUGGACAUCUAUUUAACAAAUGUAUUACAACUGCUGGGCCGAAAUCCCCCCGAUGAUCUCGCACAGUUUUUUAACCUUCAUGAAUACGAAAUCAUGUUCAUGUUAAAAAAGUUAGCUGUGGAUAUAUUUGAAAAGGGAGAUCAGAUUUUGUGCUCUGGAACACCUUUUAUACUAUCUCCAUACCAGAUUUUUGCUAUAAACGAACGGAUGAAAAUGGCAGUACCAUUUUUGGAUUCGACUGACAAACGGAAUGAUUUUACUCACAUUGUGGAUUUUUGUACAAACUUGAAGCAGUUGCAAAUUGUGGGUAGCAACAUACCAUUAGGCAGAAGUACCAUAAUCCCGAACCAGUAUGACGUCGACUUGUCCCCAUUCAAGUCUUUGGAGGAAAUUUCCUUCAAGAUGGCAAACUUUAACAAAAUAGCUGCUAUUGGAGUGGGAAGAGAAACAGUCCAUCGGAUAUCUGUACAAAAUUCGCAUUUAGAGUCCACGAAUGAGCUAUUGUUGUGUGAUACCGUGUAUAAGUCAUUCCGUGAUGCGGGUCCUUCCCACGUCUGGCCUAAUUUACGAUCUUUGCACUUAAGUAAUAAUGUGAUCAAGAGUGUGGAGGAUAUUGGGAAACUUGCUCCAAAGUUACGAUUUUUCGACUUGAGCUUUAAUCAGCUCCAUACAGUAUAUAAUCUCACAUCCUUGCCGGAGUUGGAACACGUUUCUUAUAGUGGAAAUGUACUAUCCUUCAUCGGUUGUGAUAUGAAUGUUUUACUGGGAAAUGUAACAGUGUUAAACAUGUCACAAAAUCAAAUCGAAAAUCUCAACGUUUUCAGCAAAUUAUACAGUCUCACCGUGCUCAACUUGAGUUGCAAUGUAAUCAACGAUGUGGAUGAGGUCGCACAUUUAUCAGACCUACCAUGUCUUGAAGUAUUAAUCUUGACUGGAAAUCCGGUCGCUUCUACCGUCGAUUACCGAGUUCGGGCUCUUGCAUUUUUUAACGAAAGAGCGAACGAUAUUUCUCUCGACAAUGAGAAAGCUUCGCUGUCCGAAGUCGAUCAAAUUUCUAUUCUUCAAGCAAUUGAACAAGCGCGGAGAACUACUUUAAUCAACCAACCUCGGCUCGCAUUUUAAUCGUGUUUAGAAUUUUUAAUUAAAAAUAUUAUAGUGCAACCAAAAAUUUUAUUAUGAUCAAUUUUUAUGGAAUAACUUUAUCUAUAGAAUAAUGUUGCUGUUACCAUCAACUCUGUGUGCUUUAAAAAAGCUUUAUAUAUGUAUACGCAUAAUACUAAUAAAAUAGCUAUGUUUUUUAAGUAUUUACCCCAAAAA